CAAUAGAUCUUCAAAAGACUGAAACUUGAAUUGCAACUCAAGCAAGUUAUGACACUCAACGUUGCCAUGAGUCUAUGCUGCCUGGGAAACACCCAUUUCCAUAAAGCAAGAGCAGAAGGAUAAAUAGAAGAGGGCAUAUUCCCAAGGCUGCUGUUUUUUGGGUAUUUUAUAAAUACCCAAAGAAGUCUUUAUAAAGAAGAAAGUUAGAAAAAAAUAAAGUAUAGAGACCUGGUGAUAAGAAUGUAGUUAUAUGACAGUAAAGGUAAUCCUUGUGAUCUGCCUUUGAUUGCCAGCUACUUAUUUAAAUGACGACCUUGGAAGGAAAUAUUUAGAUAUAUGUUUAUAUUAUAGGUAACUGAUUCUAAGGUCUGGAAAAAGAAAAAUUAUCUGGAAAAGCCAAAGAAACAAAAUAUAAUCUUAAAUUAGCUCAUUCAGCCAUGUUGUCAACUUACAGAAAACAAAAUUUGCUUCCGAAGUCUUUACAUUCAGAUGAUAAAGUAAUUGUUGCUUUACCUCCAAUUCAUAAGCAACCAAUGGAAAAUGUGACAAAUCCUUCCAGCAACUUGAAUCUCCAAAAAUGCACUAGUGAUAUGCUCCAUGAAAUGUUUUUAUCACCACAUAUUUCAAAGUCACAGAAACAUGUAUACAAAGAUAUGUGUUCAAAAUGGAUUGGGAAACAAAGAAGCCACCGGAAUAUUCCAUAUGUAAACAUAACUGAAGAAACCGACAUGAAAGUGAAGAAGCACUUAAAGAAUCAAAUGUAUUUUCGUUUUGCUAAAAGACUGAAUCGCCCUUUAAGCAAUAAAAGACACCUUUACAAUACAGAGGCACUCAUCAUGAAGCAGGAAGGAGAUAGUAGAGGACAGGUCAAAAGUUUCCAUGCAGCUGUCAAUAUUUGUUCAGAGCAGCCUCUGGUUAGAGACAAAAUCUCUGAAUUCACUGAAAAUUCCAAAUACAAGACAAAAACACCAAAAUCAAUGCAGAAGUACAGAGAGCUCCCCCAAAGGCAAACAAGUGGCGACUUUCUUCAUUUGGAAGAAAAAGACACAAUCCAGGAAAGGAAAUUCAACGGAAGAAUAAUAUAUUUGUCCAAAAGCCCACUUUCAGGGUCUCUGCAGUUCUUAGACAUAAAUGGAUCAGAAGUGAAUGAAGCAAAGAAGGUUCACAAGGGUUACUCUUUUUUGACUACAUCUCAUCUGAAAACCCAGACAGAAGAAACUAAACCCCGUAGCAUUUUCCUAAUGGAAACCCUGAAUGCCACGAAUGAUGUAAUCUCUUGUCAGAAGAGCCCAGCAGACACAAAAACAAGCAGAGAUGUAGUGAGAGGACGAAUCCAUUUGCCCUGUUUAACCAGAAAGAAAAAGUUUAUGAUCUAUAUCUGCGGAGGUUAUCAAGAUUCAGAAGUAGAACGAAAUGCAUUAAUGGAGAAAUCCCUUCCAUGGUUAUACAACUACUGUAAAAAGAGAGGUUACGACUUCCAUGUGUUUGAUCUAAGGUGGGGAGUAAAAGAUGGUAUUACUAAUGAUCAUCAAAUGGCUUCUCUACAUACAAGGACAUUAAAGAAAUGCCAAAAAUUGGGAUUCCAAACCUUUGUUGUUUUUAUUGGCCAGAAGUAUGAUGAUCUCUCUCUUCCAGAAAUAAUAGGCAAGGAAAUUUUUGAGUUAAUUAAAGCCACAGUGAUAAGUAGGAAGCUGAAUAUCAAAACAUCAAAGUACAUACCACCUGCUGAUUUGAAAGAUGAAAUCGAAGUAGAGAGAAAUGAAAGUCAAGGUGAAAUUGUUGAGGAUUUCCAGAAACCUGAUGCAACGGAAGAGUUUGAAGCUGAGAUAAGCAGCCAAAAAGAACAUGAAGUGAUUAAUUCAAAUGAAUUGGAUUUGCUUAGUACUUCUCUACUCACCCAAAAGACUUUCGCUGAAUAUGAGAAAGAACUUCAGCUUUUGAAUCAAUGGUACAAGUUGGAUGAAAACUGCAUCCCUGCAGUUUACAAGCUUCAACCUAUUUGCACAGUGUACAAAGGUAUCUUCAGUAAAGAUCCAAGUCGCAGACAGCAAGCUAAAAGCAAAUGGCUGGAGUCUUUCCAGAAACUGCACAAGAUACUUCAGGAAUAUGCUACAAUUGUUCUUGGUCAAGAAGAUGCAGCCAUACUGCUUAGAACAAUUCUGCAGCAGGAAGUGGAUCAAGGAUUCCAAGUCCAAGGAGCACGUGAGGAUCACUGUCACUGCUUCAAAAGAAAUAUAACUGACUUACAAUGUAAUCUGUCAGAUCCCCAGGCAUCUAAAUACAUUGACAUCCACCCACGAACACUAGAAGUGAACAAAAAUAUUAAUGAAGAACAUCAAAACUUUGUGAAAAGCAUUCAUUCUAGGCUUCGUCAUAUAAAUAUUUACAAGAAGAAUGUUAGCUGGGGAAAAGGUGGCAUCAAUCCCAACAGGAAUAGGUCCCAUGCCUACUACCUAGAAUGCCUUUGCAAUGACUUUCAGAAAAUUGUUGUUAAUCAUUUCAACAGAUUCAUCAGUUCAGAAGAAAUUCCAGAAAGACUAUGCACUAAAAGAAAGCAAGAAUUUAACAUUCUUAAUGAUGAAGAGAUUCUGGAACACAUUCAGCAUUAUCAGGCCUUGAUUAAACGUAUAAAAGGAAGACAAAACUUCUUGAGCAAGCUGAAGAAUCAGGUUAAAUCUUUAAACAGAAAAGUAACUGUGGUUUGUGGUGUGGCAGGUUCGGGAAAAAGUGGGAUCAUUGCAGAAGUAGCUUCUUUGGCUUCAAACUGGAUUUCUGGAUCUUACUUACUGCUAUCUGGCAUGCUUGCUUCUUAUGAAUUAGCUUAUUUUGGAUCCCAAAGUCCUCUGAAUUAUGAUUUUGAGGGACUGGUAGAAGAAUUUCCCUCUCUGCUGGAAUUUGCUACACUAGACAAGCCACUCCUAAUCUGCCUGGAUAGUAUAGAUGAAUUAUCAGAGGAAUAUGGUGCUGACCUUUCUUGGAUACCACCUGAAUUACCAAAGAAUGUGCAUUUUAUUGUUUCUACUUCCUCAGAAUCAAGCAUUUCAUGCAUAAGAAAGCUGGAGAAAAUAACCUUGAAAGAACAUUUUUUUCAAAUACCUCCUUUAACAUUUGAAGAAAUCAAUGAAAUUAUCACCUGCUGGCUCGAAAAGGAUCAUCGAAGACUCUCUCAAUAUCAGUUCAAUCACUUAAGGGAAGCAUGCAGAGCAUGCCCAUUGCCACUUUACCUAUACUGUGCUUAUAAGGAAUCCUGUUUAUGGACAUCUUUCAGCCCUGACAAAGAGGUGUAUCUCCCUCAAAGUAUACCUGACAUGUAUUCUUGGAGGCUGAGCAGAAUGGAAAGAUCUUAUGGAGAACAAAUUAUACAAAGGAUGGCAGCUUAUUUGACACUUUCAAGAAAUGGCAUCACUCAGGAAGAAUUGCUCAACCUCAUGUCAAUGGAUUCUGUAGUCAUUCAAGAAAUAAAUAAAUUCCAAAAAAGCUCAGUGUCAGCAUUUCCACUAGUGUUAUGGCUGAAAAUUUUAGAUGAUCUUGGAGAGGAUUUGAGAGAGCAAAGAACUGAUAACACAUAUGUUUUUACUUGGGCUCAUAUAUCUUUAAAGCAUGUGUGCAUACAAAGAUACCUGAAAUCACAAGAUUCCCAAAUAUCACUACAUGCUAUUUUUGCUGACUAUUACCUGGGUAGAAGCUCACAGGAGUUCAGGAAGUGCAACGAACCAUCAAUAUUUCAGCCUCUGGCCUGGACUCUAAAAAAAGGAUCCAAGACCAGCUACAACUUCAAUGUCCGUAAAAUCUUUGGGGCUCCAUACCAUCUCAUCAGAUCAAAAAAUAUUGCUGUUCUGAUUAAAGAAUGUCUCUUUAAUUAUGAAUUUCUUUUGUACAAAUCCUGGGCCUCAUCAAUUGUCAGUAUUGAAGAAGAUCUAGGAGCAGCUAUUAAUGCUGACAGGACUAUACCUGACUUACCCUUAUUAAGUGAAACUCUCAAAUUGUCUAAGACGGUUUUAAUAAAAGAUCCAUGCCAGAUGGCUUCACAGCUCAUAGGCCGUCUUCAUCAGAUUGUUGCAGCUGAUAUACCAGUAGCACCAGGUGAUCCAAAAAAAUACCUUUACCUGCCAGUUCUUUUAUCCCAGUGUCAGAAAUCAUCUAUUCCUGUUCUUAUACCUUCAACCUCUUGCCUUAUAGCUCCUGGUGGACUUCUCUGUGGUUUUUUGAAAGGUGACAAUAUUAUAUUUUCAUAAAUGAUUUAAUCCCUAAUUCAUGAAGAAUUUUAUAUAGGCUGCUUUCCGUAAGAUUUGGCCAAUACUAUAUAAAUGUAUUUGACCUGCAAUUUGGUUCAACUUUGCUAUUAUGUACAGUAGGUGUGCUGAACAAUCUGCCAAUUUAAUGAAAUAGUUGGUUAUUAUAAUCACGAAUUUCUUUUCUUUUAAACUUCAACUUGCUGGUACUGAAAGCAAAUAGUUGGACAAGAAGCAAAAUAACUAACCAUCUUUUAUUUACAACCAUUAUUACUGUUAUCACAAAAAGAGAAAGAUAAAUCUUUAAUUCAUUUUUGGAGUGUAUCAUUUCUUAGCAUUGAUGCUAUUCAAUCUACCUCU